AUGGAAUCUUAACAUAUAGAUAUUCUUAGUUUACCAACUGUCUAAGUAGUUGGAAUUGAAGGAGAGUGGGCUAAUAUAAUUACUUCACCAUGCCACGAAUGCUGCUUUUUAGAUUAGUCUGUGAGUGCAUAAAAUCCAAAGAACUAGAAAACUCUGGAAUAAGACUAUAAAGGAAAUCUCAAAGAUAGGCCAGAGGAAACCAAACGGACCAUUGAUGUACUUAAUGAUAGAAGAGCCAACGGAACACUCACAAAAGGGAACUUUUUGUUGUAUUUAUAAUAAUAUCAGCAUCAUUUCAGAGGAAAGCCUCUAAAAGGAAUCAUUCUUUGCGGCCUUAAAUUAGGAAAUGAAGGUGGACAUGCGCUUCUAGAAUUCAUUAGAAUUCUUGGGUCAGGUUGUCUAAAGUCUAUAAAUAUCAGAGAUUGUGAGGUGCCAGAAGAUAUUGAAUAGAUGAUCUGGUAAGCUUUAGAAGGUCAUCCUAUUAACCCUGGAGACUAGAACUGUCGCUUUACUCGUAGCAAUGGUAGUCACUUUUGA